AUGUACCAUCAACCCACUUCUUGUCUGUUCUUUUUUUUCCUCUUUUCCUUAUUCUACCAUCUCCCUUGUGCUUCGAGUAAACAUGACCUUGGAUGGUGUGAGGCUCUGUUCCAGUGUGGGGACAUUGCCGCAAGUUUCCCCUUCUGGGGAGGAAAUCGUCCCAAACCUUGCGGUCAUUCGUCGAUGGAGCUUCAUUGCAAUAGCAGAAACAGCACCUCCUUAAACAUCUCAGGCCUUGAGUACAACGUUUUCCAGAUAAAUCAAACAUCUAAUAGUCUUAGUCUUAGACUUGCCAGAACAGACUUUCUAGGUUCUUUUUGCUCCGCUACAUUCAAUUCCACAACCUUGCCUCCAGAAAUCUAUGAGGUUUGGCCAAUGUACAAGAACCUCACCAUUUUCUAUCUCUGCAACCCUCGUCUUCAUUACCUUUCGAGUUAUGUAUGUCCUGGAAGAGGUGUUAUCUCAGCGUAUCAAAACCCUAAGUAUCAUAGCUCCUGCCAAAGUUUCACCGUUAACAACGUUCCUACGACAUUCUUUCCAGAAGAAAAAGAGUUGAAUUUGACACAUUUGGAAAGUGUUCUCAGAAAAGGAUUUGAGGUGACGGUCAAGACUGAUGAGAUACAAUGUGAAGAAUGUUCAUCCCCUAUUGAGCAUUACAAACGCUGCAAUCAACAAUUUAGCUGUGGCAAUCGGGGUGGUCUCUUGUACCCUUUUUGGAUACCUGGCAGAGAAGACUGCGGCCAUCCCGACUUCAAGCUCGACUGUAGCAGAGGAUUUGCAGAGCUAAGUAUCUCCUCCGUGUUGUUCAGAAUCUUACAGGCAAACUAUAAGUCUGGUAUCGUAAGAUUCGCCAGCUUGGAUUAUAUCAACAAUCUUUGUGGCCGAAACCCAUUAAAUGUGCAAUACAUCCCGAGCGUCCUUCCAUUUGCUCCGGACACCGAGCUGUUCACAAUUUAUGUUGGAUGCCCGAAAAUUACAUAUUAUGAUAAUAAAUAUAGUGUUGGUGCUUAUGUUAGAGAGCUUUUUUGUGAGGAUAACAAAAAAGCAACAAAAACCUACUAUGUGUGGAGAAAAAUGUCGUCUACUUUAGUCGCGGGAAAGAAUGACCCUAUAUAUGACUACUUGAGGAGAUCUUGCGAAAAAGAAGCCAAUAUUCCUGCCUCUCGAUUGGCGUUGUACACACUAGGUCAAACGGUGCUUAAAGACGAAGAGGGUAAUCUAACAAAGGUUCUUGAAGAGGGUUUCGAGCUUGAACUCAAUCGAGACUGUUCAAUGUGCAUGGAAUCUAAGGGUGCUUGUGGAUAUAAUAAGACUUCAAGAGGUUUCGUCUGCUACUGUAAUGAUGGGACGCAGGGAAAUGAUUGUGUCUCCGGAAAGACAAGUCAUGGGUUGUUAUUCAAAGCAAUUCGCAUAGUUCCGGGUUCAGUAGCAGGCGUGAUUGCGUUCCUGGUCUUAUUACUAUUGUUUCUACGUUUUAUCCGCAAGAGAAAAACACGACUAAAGCAACAGAACCUGAGGGCCCUUAUUCCACUCAAACACUAUACUUAUGCACAAGUGAAAAGAAUGACAAAGUCAUUUGCAGAAGUGGUUGGGAGAGGCGGAUUUGGAAUUGUUUACAGAGGAAACCUUUGUGAUGGCUGUAUGGUUGCAGUAAAAGUCUUGAAAGACUCAAAAGGUAAUGGUGAAGACUUCACAAAUGAAGUUGCCAGCAUGAGCCAAACCUCUCAUCUCAACAUUGUUUCCUUGCUUGGAUUCUGCUCUGAAGGGAAGACCACAGUGAAACUGGAUUGGAUGGCACUGUAUGGGAUUGCGCUAGGCGUUGCUCGAGGUCUAGAGUACUUGCACCAUGGCUGCAAAACAAGAAUUGUUCACUUCGACAUAAAACCACAAAAUGUACUAUUAGAUGACAAUUUUUGCCCCAAAGUUUCGGAUUUUGGCCUUGCUAAGCUUUGUGCGAAGAAAGAGAGCGCCUUGUCAUUGAUGGACACAAGAGGUACAGUAGGGUACAUUGCACCAGAGAUGAUCUCUAGGGCUUAUGGGAGCGUGUUUCACAAGUCAGAUGUGUAUAGCUAUGGAAUGUUGGUUCUGGAGAUGAUUGGUGCAAGAAAGAAAGAAAGUUUUGACCAAAACUCUGCAUCAAAUGCAAGCUCAAUGUACUUUCCGGACUGGAUCUACAAAGAUCUUGAAAAGGAAGACAGUGGAAGACUUAUUACCAAUGACAGAAUCAGCAGGAACGAAGAAGAGGAGACAUUAAAGAAGAUGACAUUGGUGGGUCUGUGGUGUAUUCAGUCUUCCCCAUCAAACCGCCCACCGAUGAACAGAGUGGUGGAGAUGAUGGAAGGAAGUCUUGAAUCUCUUGAAGUGCCUCCGAAGCCUGUCUUGCAGAAAAUUUCAACAGCGACGCUUUCUGAAUCUUUUUGGAUUUCUGAGGAGAGUUCAACCGCUUCUGAGGUAUGA